AUGUUCUGGUUGGUGGACAGUGCGAAUCACAACUCUUGGAAGUAUUUCAUGAUGAAAUUGAAGGAAGCCAUUGGAGACAUCGAUAAUCUGGCUUUUGUAUUCAACAGGCAUGCUAGCAUUACUCAUGCUCUUGAGUCAUGGUUUUGUGAACAUCGUGAUGAUGCCGAUAAGAGCACAACCAAAUUAUCACCACUAAUGGAGAAGGAUUUGUUAGGAAUUGUAGCCAAAGCAAGGUUCUUGUAUGUCCACGCUCUUGGACAGUUCAAAUUUCAUGUGGUGGACCCAGAUGGUGAAGGUAAGGUGAAUUUGAUGACCAAAUCAUGCUCCCGUGCCAAGUUUAAAAUUAUAGGGAUACCUUGUGUUCAUGCAGUGGUUGCAGCUCUCAAUCGUAGUGUCAAAAUUUACUCACUGUGUUUCCCAUUCUACACUAUUGAGUCAUGGAGGGAGUUGUAUAAAGAAACAAUUUACCCAUGUGGCAAUGAGGACGAGUGGACAGUUCCUGAUGACAUAAACAAUAUGCAAUUUGGGGUACCUGUUGAGAAACAACCAGUGGGUCAUCCAAAGAAGAAAAAAUUAGGAAGACCGAAGAGAAAACGUUUUUCAUCGAAUGGCAAAAUUCUAGUGAUAUAUCGUAAGUAUAGUAGGUGUGGUGGUCUUGGCCACAACAAAACAUCGUGUAAAGCUAGAUAA